UGUUUAAUUUUUUUUAGCCAUAUGUUUCCGAUUUGUGUCCUCUUACCAAAAUUCUUGUAACUGGAAAAUAAAAAGGUAUCAUUUUGAAAAGUUCCAAAAAAAGCUUCAUAAACGAGUUCAGCUAUUAGAAUCAAACGGCCUUAAGGGGAGUGUGUGUUUGUGCGUGCUAUUCUAGUUCCAACAGGGGAAUGCAUGUGACAGAAAAAAAAUAUAAGCCAACAAAGUGUACACAAGGGACCAGAAAAAGGUCAGCUUGCCUCCUUACUCUAGAAAAUAAAUCUUCAAAUGUCAAAAAUGAGAAAGCCAAAGGUAAAAGACUCACUAAGUUUAACAAGGCUUUAGAGGAUAAUAGAAGGCUGAAAGAGAGACUGUAUAAUCUCGAGUCUUCAGUAAGCGCUUACAGCUCAACAGUCACUAACAAAGAAGACAGGCUGCAGGUCGAAUUACAAGUGCAGAAAGAUCUUUCAAAAGCGCUCGAAAAAAAGACAGAAGAGUAUAGAAUAGCAUUAGAAGAAUCCGAACAUUGCAAGAGCACCGCAUUCGACAGGAUCAUUGAGCUUGAAACGCAAUGUCAGAAAUUGAAAAAGAAAAUCAUCACACAAGAGCAUGAAAUAGCCAAUAUGAAAUUCAAGUACAAUGAGCUAAAAAAAUGUGGAAAAUAGUAAAAAAAA